AUGACCAUAGAGGAUCUCCCAGAACCUUCCCUAGAAGGAGAUUCCCUCAUUGAAAGAGAACAGUUCUUAUUCCCAAACUCUGAAACAUCUGUUACUUUUUCUGUUGCUGCAGCACCAAUGCCUUCGGACUGUGAGUUUUCCUUCUUCGAUCCCAAUGAUGCAGCAUGCCAAGAAAUACUUUUCAACCCCAAAACAUCAGUUUCUGAAUUGUUUGCUAUCUUAAGGCAGUGGGUUCCACAGGUCCAGCAGAAUAUUGAUAUUAUUGGGAAUGAGAUCAUUAAAAGGGGCUGCAGUGUGAAUGACAGAGAUGGACUGACUGAUAUGACUCUCUUGCAUUACACUUGCAAAUCAGGGGCUCAUGGUAUUGGUGAUGUUGAAACCGCUGUAAAAUUUGCAAUGCAUCUUAUUGAUUUGGGUGCUGAUAGCAGUUUACGCAGCCGCUGGACAAAUAUGAAUGCCUUGCAUUAUGCCGCCUACUUUGAUGUUCCAGAGCUUAUUGGUGUUAUUUUGAAACAUGCAAAACCAAAAGAUGUGGAUGCCACCUGUAGUGAUUUUGAUUUUGGAACAGCUUUGCAUAUUGCUGCAUUUAACCUGUGUACAGGAGCUGUCAAGUGUUUACUGGAACAUGGAGCAAAUCCUGCCUUUAGGAAUGACAAAGGGCAGAUUCCAGCGGAUGUGGUUCCUGAUCCGGUAGAUAUGCCACUAGAAAUGGCAGAUGCAGCGGCCAGUGCGAAAGAAAUCAAGCAGAUAUUGCUGGAUGCAGUGCCUCUCUCAUGUGACAUCUCAAAAGCCAUGAUUACAAACUAUGAUCAUGUCACAGGCAAGGCCAUGCUUUUAUCGCUUGGCCUGAAACUGGGAGAUCGAGUUGUUAUUGCAGGACAGAAGGUUGGUACAUUAAGAUUUUGUGGCACAACGGAAUUUGCCAGUGGCCAGUGGGCUGGCAUCGAGCUGGAUGAACCAGAAGGAAAGAACAAUGGAAGUGUUGGAAAAGUCCAGUACUUCAAGUGCGCACCAAAACGUGGCAUCUUUGCACCUCUUUCUAAAAUAAGCAAGACUUCUGAUCACAAAAAAAGCUCUGUACGAAGUUCUUCCAUGCGGUCUUCACCUUUGGUCAAAUCCAAGAAGAUAGAUGUGACGCGCGUAACUUCCAAAGUGAAUUCUGGCCUAAAUAUGGCAAAAAAAGACAGUGCUUCUGAAACCAACUUUAUGGCUGCUAACAGGGGAAAAACUGCACCUGCAAAAGAUGGUUGUCCUGUGUACAGCAGCUCUUCCUCGUCUACUACCUCCUUGGAAGGCAAACAGCAUUACUGCAAGAAGCAGAACUCAACUGGCAGCACUAAGAAAGCAUUGACUAGAACAUCUUCUGCCUCAUCUAAAAUUAGUGCUGGAUUGUAUAGGUCUUCUCCAGCUACGAGGAAAAAUCCUUUCGAUGAAGGAGAAAUUCAGAUUGGAGACAGAGUACUGGUGGUAGGACAGAGAACAGGCACUGUUAGGUUUUGUGGGAUGACAAAGUUUGCACCAGGAUUCUGGUGUGGAAUUGAAUUGGACAAGCCUAACGGGAAGAAUGAUGGGUCCGUGGGAGGCAUUCAGUACUUCAGCUGUCUUCCCAGAUACGGUAUAUUUGCGCCACCAUCUCGUGUACAGAGACUAACAGGUUCUCUGGAUUCUCUCACGGAGACUGCGUCGAGUAAAAUAAAUCACACUUUUCCAGGUUUUGGACGCAGUCUAAGCACCACUUCUGCAUCCUCACAAAAGGAGAUAAACAGAAGAAACUCCUUUGUUAGAUCUAAGAGCUCUGUGUUACGGCGCAGCUGGAGUAAUACCACUACAGGUAACACGGAGGGACCAGUGAAGCUGCACGAAGGCUCUCAGGUUCUUCUGACCAGCUCCAAUGAAAUGGGGACAAUCAGGUACAUCGGUCCUACAGACUUUGCACCAGGGAUAUGGCUCGGGCUUGAACUCAGAAGUGCCAAGGGAAGGAACGACGGCUCUGUGGGGGAAAAGCGCUAUUUCACUUGUAAGCUGAACCAUGGGGUCUUGGUUCGACCUAGCAGAGUGACCUAUCGUGGGAUUAAUGGGGCAAAACUUGUGGAUGAUAUCUGCUGA